AUGGAAAUUCCACCUGGCCUCGAGACGACGAAACGAAAAGUGGCACACAGUGAUGAGCACGGAUUCUCAGAUCAAGUUCGAGUGCCGAACGUCAUCGUGAUGGUAGGACUACCAGCACGUGGAAAGACGUACAUCUCAAAGAAGCUGUGUCGAUAUUUGAAGUGGACUGGAUUCAAGACAAAAGUAUUCAACGUUGGAGAGUAUCGACGAACAGAUGCAAACGCCGCGGAUGCGAUUCACGGAGCCAACGCGUCGUUCUUUUCUCCGGAUAAUGCGGAAGCGUUGAAAGUCAGAACUGAAUCUGCUCGACGCGCUAUGGAAGAUAUGGCGGACUACCUAAACUCUGGCACCGGGAGUGUCGCUAUCUUCGAUGCCACCAACACUACCAAGGAUCGUAGAAGCAUCAUUAUCGACUUCUGCAAAAAGAAACGACUUCGUUGCUUCUUCAUCGAAUCUGUCUGCGACGAUCCAGCUAUCAUUGACAGCAAUGUUACUGAUGUGAAGGUUAAUUCGCCAGAUUACAAGGGACUUAUGACUGCUGAGCAAGCGAAAGAAGAUUUUAUGAACAGAAUUGAGAACUACAAACGACAAUACGAACCAUUGGAAGAGUCAGAGCACGAGUCGCUAAGUUUUAUCAAAGUUAUCAAUGCGGGACGAUCAUUCAAGGUUCAUCAAGUCAGAGGGCAUGUGCAGAGUCGAGUUGUCUAUUUCCUCAUGAAUAUUCAUCUUCUACCCAGAAGCAUCUAUCUGACCAGGCACGGCCAAUCCGAAUACAACGCAAUGGGACGACUCGGUGGAGAUUCUCCACUCACCGAGGACGGAAGAAAGUAUGCAGCUGCUCUGGCAGAUUUCUUCGAGGAAGAGGAAGUGCCUGGACUCCGUGUCUGGUGCUCUCAGAAAGUACGUGCCGCGCAGACAGCUCAACAUCUGAAACCAGACUUCCACACUGAAUACUGGAAGGCUUUGGAUGAGUUGGAUGCUGGAAUUUGCGAAGGAUUGACGUAUGAGGACAUCCAACAACGAUAUCCAAAACAGGCAGAUGAUAGAGCAACAGAUAAAUAUCAUUAUCGUUAUCCAAGUGGAGAGAGUUACGAAGAUGUGGUUAGUCGAUUGGAGCCAGUUAUUAUGGAGUUGGAGAGACAGGCCAACGUUCUCGUUGUUUCCCACCAAGCAGUUCUUCGGUGUGUACUCGCCUAUUUCUACGAUCGCCCCCUUUCCGAACUUCCAUACAUUGACAUUCCACUUCAUUCCCUCGUCAAACUGACUCCACGUGCCUAUCACUGCGAUUCAACCAUCUACGCACUCGACCUGGAUACACAGGAAUGGACCGAAACCAGUGCUCAACUUCCACUCUGUGACAGCCCAAGAGACUAA